AUGAAAAACAAUCCAGUACAAUGGACAACUCCUAUUGGACUUCCUGUUAUUCAACCAUACCGCAAAUUAGGAAGACAUCUUAUUAAGACAUCUCUUCAAGUUUUGACACUACAACGAGAAACCGAUAAGGUGAUGGUGAAAAGACAAAGAACAGCCUUUCCUCCUAACUUGGUCCACUCUCUUGAUGGGUCCCACAUGAUGAUGACAACCAUUGCUUGUAAAGAGGCUGGCUUAAGUUUUAUAGGUCAAGAUCUUGAUUACAUCAACAUAGCUCACAGUCAUCUUCUUCACUCUGAUUGGGCUAAGCUAGAUAAAUUAUUAACCAAAUAUAAUUCAUUACGAGUGAAGCACAUUCUGUUAAAGAUUCAAAACGACUACGUCAUUUCCCUAAAAUUCUUCAAACGGAUUGAGCUUCACAACCCUAGUUUACUCACCCUCGAAACAAAUUCUAUCAUCAUCCACAUCCUCACCAAGAAUCGUAAAUUUGUGUCAGCUGAAUCCAUUUUAAAGAAGAUCAUCGGUUCUUGUUCUAUUGAUGUAAACCUCUAUUCCAAGCUCUUCGAUGCUGUUCUUCACUCUUAUCGAAUGUGCGAUUCCACUCCUCAUGUUUUCGAUGCCCUAUUCAAAAUGUAUGCACAGAUGAAGCAGUUCAGGAAUGAAAGAAAUACAUUUUGUCGUAUGAAGGAAUACAGAUUUCUUCCCACUAUUGAAUCAUGUAACAUGUAUAUGAGUUCACUGCUUAGUUUCAAUCGAGCAGACAUCACGUUACAAUUUUACAACCAAAUGAGAAGAUCCAAGAUCACAAUCAAUGUGUUCAGUCUCAACAUGGUGAUGAAUGCUUAUGUUCAAUUAGGGAAACUAGAGAACGCAGUCCAAGUGUUCAAUGAAAUGCAAGGUAUGGGAAUGAACCCUUUUGUCUCCUCCUACAAUACAUUGAUCACUGCAUACAUCAACCAAGGCCUUUUAACAACCGCAAUCAAGUUGAAACUUACAAUGGAGAAGAAUGGAAUAAGGCUAAAUGCCAUAAGUUACAACAGAAUAAUCCAUGGAUUUUGUAAAGAAUGGAAACUACAUGAUGCUUUUAAAGUUUUCCAUGAAAUGAAAAGGGUAAAUGUGGAUCCUAAUACUGUAACUUACAACACAUUAAUCACUACAUGUUCCCAAUCAGGUAAAAUCGAAAAGGGUAACUCAUUGUUGUUGGGACUUUGUAACGAACGAAAAACCAAGAAAUCUGCUUAUUUGGUUAAAGAACUUUUUAAAAAGAAAUUAGUACCAAAUUCUUCAACAUUUUCUGCCCUAAUUAAAGCCCAAUGUGCUCGAAAGAACCCAGAUCGUGGUUUUCAACUUUAUAAAAGCAUGGUGAAAAGUAAUUGUCGUCCAAAUGAAGAUACUGUGAAGAUGUUGAUUUUAUCAUUCUUGCAAACGUAUGAUUAUGAUGGUGCUUUUGGUGUUUUUAAAGAGAUGUUAGAGAGGUCUAUUGGGCCUGAUUUGGUUGUUUUGAGUGGGUUGUGUAAAGGGUUUUCAAAAGCUUGGAAAUAUAGGUUGGUUAUGGAUCUAUUAAGCGAGGUUGAUAAUGGGUGUUUUAGUUAUGAACGUUAUGAGAAAGUUAAAAGCAUUAUUUGUGACUCUAACAAUGCAGGCAAAGAACUUGAAGAAAAUGUGUAA